UAUACCACAAUCCACUUCAUCCUCCAGUGCACACGCACAGGCAGUUGUUUGGCGGAAGGUGUUGCAAUGUCCACAGUGAAAAGGCAGCUCGGGCCUCAUGCGUGGACUGUUUCCCUUGAAUUUACAGCCAUUAAUUCAUGUUUCGACUCGCCGUUAGGGUCUGAAGUGCACGUUUACAACUGAAUAGCUGCAUCUAAACACGGAGGGUUUUGAUAGCCGAGAUAAUUAAACUGAGUAAUGGUAGGAAAUAUUAUCAAAAUCUCGCUGCUUCCAAGAGUACUUCUGUUCUCAAAAUAGGAUGCCUACCAAAACACGCGGAAGUUUUAUCGUGAGGUAAUGAGUAUGCGCGACAGGAGACCGAAAUGUUUAUGUACGGUGUACUGCAGACAACAUGUGAGCGCAAGUUACAUGGUGCCAUCCAUCAUGACGAUCACAUCGUGGCUUCUGUGCUCGUUGACCCAUGUGACUGAAUCCAACCAAUCAACUGGGUGGAAACUUUUCAAAGAUGACAUCAUUCGAACCACUUCUUGUACUGGCUGCCAAUGACUGAGCACAAAUUAAUAGCCAAUGGCUGGCCUUAAUUUGUUUAUCAGCCAGAAACCACAGGCACACAAGUUAAGGGGAUCCCGACCACUUCUCUAGAGUGCGCUGAUAAUGUGUUCAAUGUCCAGAAUCUUGCCAAGUUUGUUAUGCCUUCAAGUAAUAUAAAGUUUACUGUCGGAUACGCCAUUGUCAAAUAUUGACACUUUUGUUCAAAGCAGCUUUAAAAGAGAGAUUACAGCUGAGCCUUCGGGAUAUUGUCAGGUGUUAUUGUUCUCAGUUGGUCAGUAGAAUCAUGGCUGGACGUAGCUGCGCUCUCCUGUUUCUUUUCGGCAUAUUUUGCCAUGUGGUUUCCUCCGCGAGAGGUGAGGGAACCAACUCUAACGAGACUGAAGCGAGACAAUGGCUCGAGGAAUACAACGUCAUGGCCAUGGCAGCUUACUACGAGAACACUGUCGCUGCCUGGACCUACCAGACAGAUAUUACCGAUGCCCACGAGCAAGCCAUGAUUGAUUCCAACGUGAAAGUUGCUGCCUUUGCCAAGGAAGCUCGGACCAACGCAUCACGCUAUGACAUGACCAAUUUCAGUUACGACACCAAGAGACAAUUGACCAAAUUGAAGACCAUCGGGGAUGCAGCGCUCGAGGACCAAGCCAAGUUAGAAGAGCUGAACAAUGUCCUUGCUAGUAUGGAGUCGAGGUACUCGAAGGGUAAAGUGCCAAAAGCAGACGGAGAGUAUCUUUCGCUGGAACCUGGCCUGACGCGCAUCAUGGCGACGUCACGAGACUACGGAGAAUUGAACUGGGCGUGGCAAGGUUGGCGGGCAGCGGUCGGCCCGUCCGCAAAGGAAGAUUACCAGAGAUACGUGGCACUAAAGAAUGAAGCGGCUGCAGCUAAUGGCUUUUCAAAUUGUGGAGACUACUGGAAAUCUUGGUAUGAGGUUGACGAUUUCACUGAUCAGGUGGAGAAUCUUUACCAGCAGCUCAGCCCUCUGUACAAUAACCUUCACGCGUACGUCCGUAGAAAGCUGUACAACCUGUACGGAGCUGACUACAUCAAUCUCAAAGGACCGAUUCCCGCCCAUAUCCUUGGUAACAUGUGGUCGCAGUCGUGGCUGAAUAUUCUUGACCUGAUGCUGCCGUUCGAAAACGCGCCAAGUGUCGACAUAACUCCGGUGUUAGUACGCGAGGGAUACAAUGCAAAGAGAAUGUUUGAAGUUUCUGACGAAUUCUUCGAGUCACUCGGCCUGAUAAAAAUGCCACCGGAAUUCUGGGCCGAGUCCAUGAUCGAGAGGCCCACCGACAGGGAGGUGGUCUGCCACGCGUCUGCCUGGGACUUCUACAACCAAAUUGACUUCAGGAUCAAGCAGUGCACUGACAUCACCAUGGAUGACUUCAUCACUAUCCACCACGAGAUGGGGCACAUUGAGUACUACUUGCAGUACAAGCAUCUCCCUGUGUUGUACCGUGGGGGCGCCAAUCCAGGAUUCCAUGAGGCAGUCGGUGACACACUUGCCCUGUCUGUGUCGACACCCAAGCACUUACACGCGGUGGGUUUAUUGGACGAAGUUGAGGACAAUAAGGAGGCUGAUCUCAAUUUCCUGAUGAGCAUGGCGCUCGAUAAGAUCGCCUUCCUACCCUUUGGUUACCUGAUGGACAAGUGGCGAUGGGCUGUGUUUGAUGGGACUAUCACCCCAGAAAACUUCAACGCAGAAUGGUGGAAGCUGAGAACCCAGUACCAGGGGAUCGUUCCGCCAACACCACGUUCAGAGGCUAAUUUUGACCCAGCAGCAAAGUAUCACAUUCCUUCGGACACACCGUACAUCAGGUAUUUUGUGAGCCUCAUUCUUCAAUUCCAGUUUCAUAAAGCCAUGUGCGACGCGGCAGGACACACUGGUGCUCUGCUGAAAUGUGAUGUGUACAACAGCACAGAUGCAGGAAAGUUGCUCGGCGAUAUGCUACAAAUGGGUGAGAGCAGAGAGUGGCCUGAAGCCCUGGAGAAGAUUACAGGGGGGCGAAACAUGAGCGCUGAGCCGCUGCUGGACUACUUUGAGCCGCUGGUCACUUGGCUGGAAGAGCAGAACGCGGGGGAAACUUUAGGAUGGAGCGAGGAAUGGAUGCCAAAAGAGCCACCCGCCUGGCCGCCAUCAGGUGCAGCCGUGACAGCCACUCAGAUAUCUCUCUCGGCCUUGCUAGUUCUCACGUCGCUGGUGCUCCUCUUGAAGCCCUAAUACAGCCCCAUGAUUCCAGUCUGUUUCCUCAAGAGAGACAUCACUCAUGGUUAUUGAUUGAAGGUGCUCACUGCAUGGAAUGUCGCAGUUGAAGCCCUUUCGACCCCCCUAUGUCGCUGAUUUUCCCAUUCCAUCAUUGGCAUUCGUCCGUUUGAAAUUACUGUAAACCACCUUCGCUGAAUCAAGAAUUUUUAUCAUCUCAUUUGUAUUAUUUUGCCUUUUCUUCUUAAAUUCCAAUUUCCCCCAUACUCUCAAAGACAGAUUUAAGCAAUUUAUGUUCAAAAUCCAGUUGAAUUUGAUUUUGGCUUGUGAAAUUACCACACCUUGUGCGUGGUGUUUAAGAUCGUGGUGCUGAUCUCUGUGUAGAAACAUUUGUUGGAUGGAUAACCUGCCUUUAGAAGUGAUAUCACUGUCUCUGUUUUAUAAAACGGUGUAUUUGUAGAUUAUUUUGAAUGAUUAUGGCUGAGAGUGACCCCCUCCUAACAUUCCUUUACCCUUUACCACAGCUUCAUGUAAUGACGAACUAGGUAACCAUGGUUUCUUUUUUCAUGGUGGAAUGCCUCGUUUUUGAUUGCACGAAUUGCCUUGACUGCAUAAUCAAAACAGCGCCUUCGUUGUAGUUUCUACGGAAGAUCAUACCGAACAUCGUAGGCAUUAUCAAAAUCAUGUACAAUAAUCCCGUGAUAUAUAUUUACUGAAAAAAGCCCAAUGACCUGGGGACCACCAUUCACAGUAGCUGAUUUUAUAAUCCAUGAUUUGUACCUUUAAAGCAUGAUGAUGGAUCCCUCUAUUCUUGUAAAAGAUCCAGUUAUCUCUGCAAAACGCGUCUCUAUCUACUUGUAUAUCACCAAUGUUUUAAAGAGGCUGGUAUAUUCAAGAAAAAUUUUUUUCUAAUCAAUACACAGGUUGACUAUCUCUUGAUAAGUAUACACUCUCGGAGGUCGCAAUUAUACCCUGCAUGUUUUAGCGGCUUAUGACGACGUAUUCUUGAUUAAAAACGAGGAAACUCGGUUUAGAGAUUGUUUGAGCGCCCUCACUUAACUACAGCAAUCGAAUGUUGUACAUAUCUUAGCGUGAUUGCAGUUUGUUCAAGUUUCGUUUUGAUUUUCUAAAAUAAAAUUGUACCCACUUUUAUUAUA